UUGCACAUGAGUUGGUUUCGUCGUGACACUCCAUCUCUCUCGUCAUUCGACCUUGAAGGAGUCGUGGAUAUAAUAAAGAGCGGGAAAGCUAAGAACAUCAUCACGUUGGCUGGUGCUGGCAUAUCUACAGCUGCGGGCAUACCAGAUUUUCGCAGCAGUUCCAGCGGAAUUUAUGACAACCUGGAGGAAUUCAACCUUCCACAUCCCAUGGCUGUUUUCUCGCUGGAUUAUUUUAAAACCAAUCCAAAGCCGUUCUUUGAAGUGGCCAGACGCCUGUAUAGACCGCAUGCCAAGCCAACACUGACGCAUUAUUUCGUUCGGUUACUACACGAGAAGACUCUUCUUCGACGUCAUUACACUCAAAACGUUGACGAUUUAGAAAGAUUGUCUGGCCUUUCGGAGGACAAAUUUGUCGAAGCACAUGGGACAUUUCAUACGGGGCAUUGUCAACAGUGCCAUGAGGAGUACACUUUUGAGUACAUGCGAGAUCAAAUUAUUCGCAAGGAAGUUCCGAAAUGUUCCGCUAAUUGUAAUGGUGUGGUAAAGCCAGACGUUGUUCUCUUUGGUGAAAAUUUACCUCGGAAAUUUUAUAGUCGACUUUCUUCUGUAAGUUUCCUACUUCACUGCUCUGCAGAUCACUUCACUUACUAUUACUGUAACCUUUAUGAUGGUUUUCUGCAGGACUUUUCUGCGUGUGACUUAUUACUUAUCAUGGGUACUUCAUUGCAAGUUCUACCAUUUGCCGGACUAAUACAUCGCGUUGGUCCUCGAGUUCCUCGUCUAUAUUUGAAUCGAGAGUACUCAGAAGAUGAUCAAACUGGCUUCAUAUCCUUCAUCAUGCGGUUUAUGGUAGCCGGUUUCCGUCGUCAUCCGUUGCGCUGGGGGCGUUCUGACAAUACACGUGACGUAUUCGUUCGGGGGGACACAGACUCUUCGGUGUUGAAAUUAGCAGAACUCCUUGGUUGGGAGGAAGAACUUUUGAACAUGAAGAAGACCACAGACGAAGAGUUGGAAUUGCUCCAAAGUAAUCUACCGACGAGCGACAUCUCUUCAUGAACUCAUGAUUUUUUCUCUGUUACUUUUUCUUUUGUGCUGCUUUAUAUUUCGAAGACUUCACCUCACGCCUUUCAGUUAUUGUUUAACAUGUAUACGUAUCGUCGUGACAUCUCUUUCUCUUUCCUGCGGUGGGAGUGCACAGAAUUCCCGAGGUGUCAGUCAUAGCCAGUAGAGAAGAAUUCGGCAGUGCCGUUUAAGCU